AGGAACGCGACGCCUUCGUCCACCCAUGUCCAACAAGUUCUCACCGUGAACUAAGAUCUACUUCUUCCCGCUGACUGAUCCACCUCGAUCCCUGCAUCACCUCUCUGAGGAAUGCUAGAAGCGCAUUACUUGUUCAUGUCUCCACAAGCCCAUGAUCUUCUUUUUCUUUUCACAAAAAUGCAACCAGUUUAUUGUACAAGCUACCAUCAAAAGUUGAUAAAGUCAUUUUUUUCUAAUUUGUGAUUGUGAUAUCAACGUACUGCAACGACAUUGCAGAUCAAAGCAAAGGCUUCUUUUCGAGGUUUUUUUCGUGGUUGUUGAAUGAUUUAUUACCUAAGCGAAAUCAAUAAAGAUGGGAAAAGCUCCAAUGAAGAAAUUCGGUGGCGGCAAGAAGGGCGGAAAAGGCCGAGGUAAGCGGGAUCGCGACCGUGACCUUAAUGUCUUGAAUGAGGGCGUUGCUGCGAAUGCGCCGAGCAAGAAGAACCACAAUCCGAAGGACAAUUUCAAUUUUGCCGGCAGCCGAACGGUGCCGCUCACUGAGCGGGCGAGAUUCCACGUUCGGUGUAAGCGUUUCUCUGGUCGCACCUCGGAGGAAGUAGGAGCGUUUUUGGAAAAAGCGUUCAGGGAACUUUUCCGACCUUCAGGUCCAUCUUCUGAGACCACUCAAGAUAUGACAGCUAAAGCUAAGCCACCCGUUUUGGUUGACUUUUUCAAGUUGCGAGCUUGGGACUUCGGGUUUCUUACAGUGGCAAAAACCGACUGCGAAGCCGCUACGACUUUCCUCACGCGGGAGGACUUCGACAGAGUAUUGCUGCGGGAAUUCACGCUCGGCGUGACGGUGGAGGAGGAAUGCCAGCAUGGUAGUAGCGCAGCGUCGGACAAGAAGGAAGGCGAGGAGAAUAAAGAUAAGGAGACUCCUGGUCCUGGUGCAGCUGCCUCUUUCGAAGAUGGCAAAACAACUGAAGCUAGCGCCACUUCCGCUCCAGCUGCGAGAGAACCGUUAGUCACUGUGAAGGAAGCUAUUGAACGACCACCGCGAAGAGACGGGAAGGAGAAACAGUUUAGUGCCGCUCCAGACGCAGCAGAACAGGGUGGUGACAGAUUUGGCUAUAAAGCCGGCCACGUACCAACGUUAAUGGAGCUGAAAGUAAAACUAGCGAACUGGUCCAGACAACGCGAUAUCCCGCUAGUGGAUAAGGUACUACUGCUUAUACUUGUCGAUCUUGGCUUCCUGUUUGACAAGGACUAGCGGUUGUGGCGUUUGUGCUUUGAAGCCAAAAUUUUUGUUUCUGAUUUUUUGGAAUGAUUAGUUUGUACUUCUAAGUUGUAGUUCGUUGCCAGAAAUCCAUAUCCACCAGUUUUUUUAACGCAACAUGGCAAAUACAAACAGGUGACCCCGUUGUUUUCGCAGUGGGACUACGCUCAGCAGAUGAAGAUGAAGCUGACGUAUACGCGCACAACCUGCAAGAACAUCGUGAAGCGCAUGAAUACGUUCUGCAAGGACGAGGGUCUCCAGCUUCCGCAAUGGUCGAAUAUUCACUGCUCAAAUCACGGCGUCAUCGUGGAACCUAUCAUAGCGUGUCCGAAGUAUGUGCGCGACAUCGGCUACCGCAACAAAGUGGAGUUCUCUUGUGGCCAGAAAGAUCAGCCGGAUGAAGAAGUAGAGGGUACUGCAGCAGCAAAGGCUGACGAUGUUGAAAAUUUCGAGGUGGGCUUUGUUCAACGUAUGGAUUACACGAACGAGCAGAUCGUUGGCUGUCCACAAAAUCUGCCUCACGUUUCUGCAUGCGCGAAGCAAGUGGCAAUGGCGAUGAAGAGAGUCAUACGCAGGUCUGGUCUGCCCGUGUAUAAGCGUAGUCGGGGAGAGCGCGCUGGCUUCUGGCGGCUUGUUAUGUGCCGCACCGUUGACACUAAGGACGUCGGUCCCGCGCAAGAAUCUUCGACGUCCUCUGUAGGAGCUACCUCGACGUCUUCGACAGGAGUCGUAGCUGCAGGACAACAAGACUUGUUUUUUCGUGGACGCGCCAUGCCUAAAGAAGUGGUUUCGAAGACGUCUGAUGAGUCGGGUCCAGCGGUCGUAUCUUCCUUCACUUUCACCGACGAAAAGCAUUUGUGUGCGCAGGACGAGGAAGACGCGAAGCGUUUGCUUAGCGAGGAGCAUCAGGCUCACGGAACCUUGCCACCAGAAGAACACAAGAUUCUGUUGGUAAUCCAAGUUACCUGCUGCCACGACCCGCAGUUGCUCGCUGGUUUGACUAAUCUGGUGCGGGAGGAGUUCAAGGACUUGCGCCUGUGCAGCGUCUAUUGGGCGUUAAACGACGGUAUGUCCGAUGCGUUCGACUUCAACGCACCCUUGUUCAAGUUGCUGGAUAAAAACGAUGAACAAAAAGACGAAGCAGCUAAAAAGCUUUUAUUUGAUCAGGCAUACUGCCUUGAGGAGAAUGAGAAGGAGCGCAACUGCAGCGUGCGUCCCGGACUCGAGGGCAAUGAUGAAAAAACUUUCGUCAAGCGAUUCCAGGAGGUGAGAAGCCAUCUGUUGGAGACGCAGACGGAGGAUGCAGCAGUCUCGGAGAUCAGUGCUGUCUUGAAGCGAGAGCGCACUCAUACGGAUGCACAAAAUAGUGUCGAGUUUGUGCGUGGGUUGCGUGGAAAUAAGUGGUUUGGACCCGGGACGUUGCUUUCUUCAACUUCGGUGGAUGAGUCGCCCGCUGGCUCUGAAGACGAUCAAGACGAAGAGAAUGCUUCUGACGGUGAAGAGGAAGAGUGUAGUCCAACCGCGGUGUCUUCGACCGCAGGUGGAACCUUUGAUGCUGACCAAAUGGUUGUGGACACGGAAGAGAGGACGGCGACCGGCAAUUUGAUGCGUCGCCGCACGAAGAACGAGAAGAAAAAACGCAAGAACGUGAAUGUGAACCCUGAGCAAACCAUGUACCACGCCUUUGGGGACGAGGCUUUAGAGAUGCCGCUUUGCGGCCUAAACUUUACGGUUGGGCCCAGUAGCUUCUUUCAGACCAACUCUGCAGUCACCGAGAAGCUUUACAAUAAGGCGCUGGAGUGGGCUGGAGUUGGCGUUUAUGGAAGCAGCAAAACUGAAACUGUUACAACUACAUCAAAUCAAGAAAGUCAAAGCGGCGAGAACGACGCAAUAACUAGUUCUACAACUUCUCCCGCUUCUGAGCAGGCAACCGCACCAGUCGUUUCAGUUGCUGGUGUCGAUCUGAAGCAAGACGAAUUGAAGAACAAGGAGACAAUGAAGAAGCCGAACUUGAUCCUGGAUAUUUGUAGUGGCGUUGGUACCAUCGGCUGCAUUGCUGCAAAGCGUGAUCCAGCAAGUCUCGUCAUCGGUGUCGAGCUGAUUCCUGAGGCCGUGGCCGCAGCCAAUGCCAAUGCUUCCGCAAACAAGCUAGACAACUGCGUUUUUCUCUGCGGUAAAGCCGAAGAAGUACUGCCGGGGCUCUUUUCGUACUUGCAUGAGCGCGCUAAGAACACGAAAGAGUCUAAAGAUAAACUUGUGAACGAGCCGCGGUUUGCCAGGAUCCAUGAGCAGGUGGACACAGUUCUCAACCGCGUGCAAACGCGCUUCGCGAAGUCAUCUGGCGAGGCAGAUGCUUCAAGUGUGGAGUUCACUGGUUUUGGAAGCACGACCGCCAUUGUGGAUCCACCGCGCAUUGGCUUACACAAGGACGUGUCGAUCGCUUUGGCUAGAAAUUUGGGUAUUGAACGCCUUGUCUACGUGAGCUGCAACCCUGACACUUUGUGCGAUGACGUGAUACGCCUCUGUGCGCCCCAGGGAGACGAUCGCGUCUCAGGCCGCUUCGUGCCCUUCAAAGCAGUGCCAGUGGACAUGUUUCCGCACACGGUGCACUUGGAAAUGGUGUUGUAUUUGGAGCGAUACUGCCCGGCUCGCCAUGACCAUUUGUGGACCGGUGAGCCUGAAUGGGUCUUGAAAAUGAGAGCGCGACAAGAGACUGACCGCCGACCUCAAGAGGUGAAGGAUUCUGAAGAGGCUGAAAAAACAGCGAAACGAAGAAAAGUGGAUUCCUCGUCUAGCAAGCCUGAGGAAGGAAAGUCGGAGGAGCAAUAUUAGCUUCUCACAAGCUGCAAGCGCAAGACCGAACUAAGAGGGGUCAUAGGAUCACGGGUGCACAAGAACUACGGUUGUGGAUCGAGCGGAUGACAGAACGAGGAACAAGCUCAUGAGUCGGCAUUGGACGACCACAAAUGCGCACUAAAAGCAUCAGCAUCACGAUAUCGACGUUGAUGAAUCACACUCAUUCAAUUUCAAGCGAGGAGGCGGUCUACUUGCAUUUGAAAGUCAUGAAUCAUUUUGUUCUUCAACAUACCUGAUUACAAUGUUUUUCACACCUGUAAUGGAAUGUAGUUUACUCCCGUUUUCCCCACGCUGCAAAUCCCCAAAGGUAUGAACUAUAUCAUUGAAAACUAUUCGCAAAAAUGAUGGUUUUUCAAAUUGCAAACGGUCGUAGCAUACCAAACCUAAUGCCUAGUGCAGCUGCACCCGCACGAUCGGAUGGUUACAAGGAACAUCUAGUACAUGGGGUAGUUGUUCGUAAAAGCGAUACCAUUCCUCCUCCAAAUCCAUGCGAUGUGUCGUUUCUUGCAGGGGGCAGAGCCCCAAACUUCCGAGCGGUUGUUUUUUAUGAAGAACAAACAGAGGUCCCAAUGUAUUACUGUUCCGCUGGGCGUUACGAAAA